CCACCAAUAGAGUGACAGUUAGGUUGUACGGAGUGUGUUUUGUACAGGGAGGAAGCACCAAGCAAAGGAACAAUGCAGCCAGCCCAAGCCAACGCAUAAGCCUAAGGAGGGAAGAAACACUCUUCAUUGAAGUCAUGGUUCGAUUUGAGAUUCACGACGGUCCUUUGAGUGUUGCCUUUGGCCAUGACACGGCAACUGGCGUGUUUUUGUCUGUCUCUGAUGAGGACUUGAGAUACAGCCCCAUAGCAACGCGACAAGUAAACAACGUAGCAGAAGCCAUCGGAGUCGGAGAUGGGGGUGGGUCAUACGUCGACUUGCAUACUGGUCCUGUUGGCUUUGGUGUCAAAGUGGAUGACGCAACGAUGAAAACCUACCUGGAGAGGUUCGGAGCAAGCGAAGACGAGAUUUCCAUGUUGCCCCUCAAACUUCCAAGACCCACCCGAGUGCCUUUUAGGGGCACAGUCUGUAUGGUUUGUCGCAACCCAACAAGAAAAGAGUGCUCUAUAUGUGCUGAAGUUCACUACUGUUCGCAGGAUUGUCAGAGACAUGAUUGGCCUGUGCACAAGAUCUUCUGCAAACUGCAAGUGGAGCCCGCUGAUGCCGUGUCAUCAUCAUCCCAGAUGAAAUUCACAAAGGCUGUUCUUUUUCCAGAGCAAGGAGAUAGUCCGACAUUUGUCUAUCUGCCUGUGGAGUGGCAACGUGAUGGUGGCUACUGGAGGGUCAUCACGAGUGAAUUCAUUGCAGGGGGCUUUCCAGACAACUGCCGGAGUGAUACCACCUAUGGGCACUGUGAAGACUUGGAAUAUGUCUUCCAGAUUCUAUGGGGAAAAAAUACUGCGGAAGAUGGACAAUCCAAAGAAAACAUGUGCCUGCAGCGUGUUCAAAAAAAGUAUUUGAAGACGAAAGAAGACUGCCUUCGCAUCAAAGGAAUAAAGACACUCGACAGGCAAGUGUUCUGGCGCAACAACAUUUUGGUUGUGAAAUUUCCAAAGCCAAGCAAUUCAUUGUAUGACUUGACCCCAGAUCGUUACGAAGACGUUUCGUUGUCAGAUAUCCCUGACAUCGUUGAGUUUGUUGUCAAGUCUAGCUUGAUGUACCUGCUCUAGUGGUUGCAAAUGCGUUGGAAAAGGGAGAGGAACGGACUUGUGGCAGGUAAGGUAAUGACUUGUUGAAGUGCAAGCACUGGUCCUGUAGCGGUACCAUGGUACAUGGUACUCCCGUACGUACGGUACUAGUCCUACCGUAUCUGUACCGGUACGAGAAUUAGCUCCUGACCAGCUGGCUCGAGAUCGGAGGCUGGUGCAUCCACAAAGGACUUCCACGAAGGUCAUGGAGGAGCUGAGAACGAUGAUAUGGGGACAUAAAACUGGACUACUAGUAAGCUGGAAAGUUUAUGCUCACGCAGCGUUGCUGGUUCCACCCAUUUUGUUUCUUCGACUCUGGUGACUCCACUUGUACAUACCGGUAGUGUUUUC